AUGGUCGACCCCUCGGAGGCUGAGGAGCAGAAUAAGUGUAAGGGCCCAAAGCUCGAUACACCAACUGUGGCCGCUGAAGACCCUCGGUUGCCAGACCAAGCCGAUGGCACAGCAACAGAGGAGGAAGGGGACGCCGGUUUCGAGACGCCGCCAACAGGCAGUGCUGAGCCGAGCCCCUGCCAUGCUGCAUCCACGGCAGGGCCUGAGGCCUCCUCUCAGGGGGUCCCGCCUCAGCAACCACAGACUCAAACUGAGCCCAAAUUGCACCUGGACCUGUACAACUUUGACUCGCCAGCCGCAGAGGGCAGCCGCUAUGUGUUAACAAGCCCCCGCUCUCUGGAGGCGUGUGCUCGAUGCGGGGUCAAACCUGUGGAGCUCCUGCCCCGCCCGCUGGCUGACUUUGCUAGGGAAGCUCCAGGCCGCUCCAUGCGUGUUGCGACAGGGCUGUAUGAAGUCUUUGAGAGGGACAGGAACGCCAAACUGAGGCAAUGCAAGGAGGAGAGGGAGAGGAUUGUAAGGGAGGAAAAAAGAAGAGUUCUGCAGGCAGCAGUCAAUAGCAACAGCAGUGCAUCAUCCACCUCAGUGGAGCAGCAGCACAAAGCCACUUCCGGCUCCACUCAGCCUUCAAAAUCUGGGCCAGUGACCUCCAGCUCAGCCCCUGAUUUUGGAGCAUCCCCUAGAGCCACAGCAUCAGGUCCAUCCUCUAAAACAGGUCCAGCUCUUUUAUCUAAAGCCACUUCCUCCAGUCUUAGUACCUCCCCUAAAUCUACUCAGUCCACCAGCUCCAUGCCAUCCUCCAAGACUACUUUCCAAGGAUCUGUCAAGCAUCCUUUGCCUUCAUCAUCCGAACAAGUGAAAGCCACACGGCCGGUCUCUGGCCCUCCACCAAUAGUCAGGAAGUCCUCUGGUGGUAAAUCUUCAAACACCUUCCCCAGAUCAACACCAAAACCCCCGUCCUUCCCCAGAGCAAAAUCUACAUUAACUUCAUCAGUGUCAAAGCCUCCAGCUCAGACAUCUGGGAAUCCUCUUAAUGGUGUAACAGGAGGACCGUUCUCUCAGCACAAUGGACAUCUUGGAUUACAUUCCAAGGUGAAAGGAAAAAGCCAUUCGCUGGAGUCCUUACAGCGAAGGAUGGAUCCAGUUUGUUCGUCCACCUCCAACACCACAACUACUACCACAUGCACCUCAUCAGAGUCGGGUGCUUCCUCUUCGUACAGUUGGGAUGGCGCACGAGAUCACUGGGCUAAAGUCUCCAGCCCCCGAGCUCGUACCCUGGCCACUUUCAACUCCCUGAUGGGCCGCAGUCUCAGUCUUGGUGACCUGAGUCAUUCUCCUCAGACAACACAGAAGGUGGAGCGCAUAGUAAGAGAGGUGAAACGUCGAGGCCUGAAUGCCGUGUCCGAGCGUGACCGCAAGAUUGCAGCAUUGAUGCUCGCCAGAUAUCAGGAAGAAGAUAUCAUGAGUCAGACUCGUUACGUGGCUCACCUUCAAUGGGAUAGCGAACGCAGAAUGGAUGAGCUGCGGCGUGAGCAGGAGGAUCGAGAGAAGCAGCGUGCAGUGCUUCAGUGUCAGCGGGUGUGGCAGACACAGGUGUCGAUACGUCAGCGAAGACUCAGUCAGCAGGAACGAGACUCAGCUGCUGCCAAACUCCGACAGGCCGAAGAGAGUGAGGAGCGGUGGAGGGAGCUCGCAGAGCAGCAGGAGCGCACCCGUCUGCAGAGGUUACAGCAGGUAGCACGAGAGGAGAAACAUAAGAAAAGUCUUCAGGAACAGAACCGGAAGGCCCUGGAGGAGGAGAGGGCGGCCAUGGUGGAGCAGGAGAGGCUGCUGCUGAAAGAGAAGCUCACCAUGGCCGAGCUGAAGAGGCAGGAGAAGGAGCACCAGUCCCAGGAGGAGAGACGAGGUCUGAACAAAGCUGAGAAGAGACGCCACGCUGCUCUGAUCCAGGAGAUAGCCCGCAGAGAGCAGGAGGAAAGAGAGGAGGCCAGGAGGGCAGCAGAGGAGAAGCUCAGCCGCUCCCUGGAGAAUUAUGAACAGAUAGUAGAGCGUCGAGGUCAGGAGCUGAAAGAAAAGGCCAAGCGUGAGGAGAAGCAGAUCCAGAAAGCACGCAAGGCUGCAGAGAAGCGUGAGAGGCAGCAACAACAACAGCUGGAGGCUCGCGUGAAGGAGGCAGAAAAACGAGCCCAGCAGGCGGCUUUGGUGGCUGAAGAGAAGGCCAAAGAGAAAGCUCAGCGGGCCGUCCAGAGCCGACAGGAGAAGGAAAGACUUCAGAGGCUCAACAGGCAGCGCGUGGAAGAGGAGGAGAAGCAGAGGCGUAUGGAGCUGCUGCAGUCCAUCGAGAGGAAGCUGGAGAAGAGCGAGCAGAUCUUCAAAGAGAAGAGGGCGGUGCUGGAGAGCGCUCGCUCCGUGGCCAGAGCCUCUUUCCACGUGCGGGACAAAGUGCGGGAGGAGACCAACAUGCGUACUUUUGAUAAGAUGGCUCUGGAAGCUCAGCUCAAAGCCAGCCUGGAUGAGAAAUAA